UUACCGUUGGAAGUGUUACAUGGACAAUAAGUGAAAAAUGGCCAAGGAAAUGCAGAAGAGUAAUGAAGGCGAAGGCAGUGGUAAAGGUGACCGCAACGCUAUCAAGAUAGAAGAAUCCGGAAGCGGAAGAAAAACUCGCCGGAAUUCAGCGGAGGGCAGCGGAGAUGAAAAUACCACCGUGAAGAAGCGCAAAACUGACGACAACUCACUCAGUCUUGGGGACCGCAGAUCUCCACCCAAUGAAGAUGAAGGAUCCUCAAUUGAUGAUGAGGACGUUUUGUGUAUAAAUGAAUCGGAACACUCAUUGGAUGACGAGUUUAUCGAUGCAAUGUCUCAGGACAUGCCUACUGAAGAAGAGGCUAAAGAAGAGAAGCACGAAAAAGAUAAAAAAAAAACGAUUAUCCCAGAAAAUACUUCAAAGCCUCUUUCAAGUUUGGAUGAGAUGGCCGCAGAACUAACAGCUGAAGGGCAAGGAUCAGCUGCUGAUAAGAAUGAUGACAGCUGCGGAGAAGCACCAUUCGAUUACAUAGCAAAUGUGAGUCGACCUCCGACUCCAAACCAGGAUGAAGAUUCACUCAGUCACAUCCUGAACGUGGAGGAAACUGUUAACAACAUUUUAUCCGUACAAGAGUCCGUCAAUAGUAUUAUGAGUAUGCAAGCGUCAGGACCGGUGUACGGCAUUGUGGCAACAGUCCAAAGCAAUCAGUUGAGAGUGGAAGGCACCGUCAGCAUUACAGUGGACUCUGAAGAUCCGCCUGCCCAAAACGAUGAUAGCAGAACUUCGGAUGAAAUUAUUCAGGACGCUGUAAGGGAUAUAGAGUCGAUCAUUGGCCCUGUAGGUUUCGUCAGAGAGGACGUUGAAAGAGUUGAGAACAGAGGUGACCCAAAACCAAAGCUUCCUGAAGACGAAUAGAUAUUUUACAACGUGUUGUAAAUGUUCUGGCUGUAUAUUUUACCCUAUAUGCUCCUGAUACCUGUUUAAAAUCGUUUUAUUAUUCCUUUCAUAUCUAAUCAAAAUGUUGUCAGUGCAAUUAAAAUCUCCUAACAGAAAAUCGAUUCAAUAAUUAAUAUUUUCACUGUACUACCUGUUUAGUAAAAUUAAAAUUAUAAGAAUUUUCUAAACAUUUCUAUUUUGAUGUUAUUUGGUACUUUUAGACUCAAUAUUAAUUAUAACUAUUCGUUUAUUGUGUAUGCGUUUAUUUUAACAUAAAAUAUACAAUUAAUUCGAUGUUUAGAGUUAUAUAGGUUUUACUUUACGGGACUAGGCUACGACCAAGAAUAUGACGUGCAUUCUUUAACAUCUAGUGAAGUUUAGUUUGUAUGUCUUGAAGCAUCGAGACAUAUUGCGAAAUAUUUAUAAUAUUAAUAACCAAUUGCAGUGUUUUUCCGGAGACACCACAUGUCUUUUUGCCGAUUACAGAGUUGAAUUGGACAUGGUGUCCGAGUAGAUCAUAUUGUAUGCACUUAAAUAACUCAAAAGAAACAACUACAUAACAUAAGGUAUGACGUGGAACAGGCUGGAAAAGAAAAUUUCAAAUUUCUGUCUUGUAUGUUAAUAUGUUCAUUUUCUUUCAAGCUAAUUAGCUCGUGGUUAUUCAAUUUUGGCAUAGAACACGGUAUCAUACUGAAAUAUUUCUGAAGUCGGCAAUUGGGCAGUUAUAUUUGUGAAGUGGAAUACACGUGAUAGGUUAUUGAUAUGAAGAUUAUAAUAUUAUUAUAUUAUACGAAUUAUUUCACAAUGUGUCUUGGCUGAGUUCUGAUAAGUUCGUGAAGAAGUCUGUAUUGUUUAAUUUAGUAGUUAUUGUAAUAUGUGUUAAUUCGUAAAAAUAAAAUUUAAUUUUAGCUUUUAUGUUACUUUAGAUGAUUUUGUACACGUCGAGGAAGAAGCUUUUGACUGUUUAACAUUGCAUUAAGUGUACUGUAUUAUUUUAUAAAUUCCUAGAUUAAUUAAAAUUUAUAAUAAUACUGAAACUUUACUCUCGUAUCGUAUCUGAGAAACACUACAAUUGUAAAUUGCGUAAAGGCUAUAAUUAUUUGACAUCAUAUUUUAGCUCAUUUUCAAUUUCAAUGCAUUGAUUAUGACGUUGAAAAAGCCUGCACCUAUUUUCAAUAAAGAAUAAGAUCCUUAAGGUGCUUGUAAGUUCUAUGCAACACCUUAGCAACUUCUGCUGGCAGCCACUUCUGCCGCUGUGCACAACGAAAGCUUGGCCCAUAUGGCGAAGGAAAAGGCCAAUAUUCAUUUCCACCAAUCUUUUCCUUUUCAUCUCAAUCACGACUCUUGUCUAACAUUGACAGACUCCGCCUACGAUCAGACGGUGUGCAUGCUCAAUGCACGAUCUACAGCUAAUUAGUGGUGCUUUCUGAGCUUAGAGAGAUCGAUAAAAAUUCACAUAACGCCAUUAUUCACAAAAUUAUUCAAGCAUAGAGGUAGGCAACGUACAUCUUGACCAGCAUUACCGAAGCCCAUGGACGGCUUUCCAUUAGAUGAGCCACUACUCUGAUAUAAAAAAUACGUAAUAUAUAAAAAUAUGUAAAAAACAAGUGGUAAAAGCAAAAAUAAGCGUGAAUAAUUGCCGUCUGUGACAGAAGUUGACCUCUACCAUUCGUGUUUAAAUUCGACUCUGGAAAAAACAAAGUUUUUCUUCAACGCUUAUUAUUCGAGACAAGACAUGUCUUCUACCGUGUUUAAAAGAUGCGUUUCUGCUAUGAUAAUUCACGUCCGAUUAGGCCGAAAAUAGUGACAAAUCAGCAAACUACGGUCUAGCUAUUGAUUUCCUCUUUAAAUUCAUCGAGUCAAGAGUUUAUUAUAAAACAAUGGCUCUUUGCUUGGCACAACACCAGUUAAGCCGUCGAUAGUAUAAUCUCUCUAAUGCCAUGGCCAAUCUUCUGGUACACAUUUGUAGCCAUCCAAAGCAGCGGCCGGCAAUUUGGCCUGGAUAUAGCGAAUGCCUUUUAAUGUAAUAUAAUACAAGGAGUAAAACUCGAAUGAAUCUCAUAUACCAUCCGUUACAACGCUCACCGCGCGUAUCUCCUUUGUCCAACCAAAAUGUGGUACGAUUUUUCUUGCCUACGCACACUUUCCAGGCCCAUAUCACUUGAAUACCUUAGAAAGCUAAAUACAAGUCGCAUUUACAUACGAUGGACUUAGUAUUAUUGUUAAAUACACAAAAGAAUUGCUUUAUAAGACUUUCGUAAAAGAAUAAUUUGGAAUAGUUCUCUUGAUCGUUAUUAUUUGUUCUCACAAUGGCACACUCUGUCAGACGUCAGGUAACUAGUGCAGUUUAUGAUAUCGAUGGUUGCCCUUCUGGCACAAUACAAUACAAAACCUUGAAGGGUGUAUUUCCACUUUAAACACCAGCAAACUUCGUUUGAUAUCUCUGAAAUCCCAAGGGUGUAUAGGAGUUAAUGGUCGCCAAAGUGGCCAAGUCAUGUCAUAUUAGGGAGGGUGUGGAGGUUUGUUAUUUGUAAAUGAAUAGGAAUCACUUGUGCUAUAUUAGAACGUUUUCAAUACAGCCGUAUUAAUUCGUUCAUUGCUUUGGUUAUACGCGCAGCAAUUGCAUCGACAAAGAUCUCCAGACGAGGAGUACAAUAUUAGGAUUUGUGGCGAAUUCUCUUCUCAUGUAAGGUAAAAGAUUAAUUUUCUCCACGCUUGACAAUUCUUUUGGUUUAAUACACAUCAUACACGAGUAAGAAUAAAUGAACACAAAAUCAUAUUUUCCUUUUUUUUUAUUCUUUGAUAAAUGUGCAACUGUUCAUAGGUUUAACCUUCACCUUAAGAUGAGGCUUAAAUAUUAUUUUUUAUUAGGUAAGUACUUAAUUGUAAUAACAUAUGGUCCUAUUUAAAUCAUUUUAAACCUAUGUAAUAAAGACUGAGCUUUGGUGUACAGGAUAUGAGGGUCAAGAACUAUGAUAGGGAAAGUAUUCUAUUUAAGUAGGUGCUUAUAGUUUGUUGGAUUUAUUAAUCGGUAGUCUAGGAUUUAUCCCUUUGUAUAUCUGCAUUUAUAUGCGUUGAGUUAUAUUUCUUUACGAUGAUAAAAAGUUAAUUUUUGCUUUCAAGCAUAUCAAUAUUGUAUACUUUGUGAAUAAAAUAAAUAUAUAAGAUACAACUGAUUAAGUUUAAUAAGAAAAUACAUACAAAAAACUUUUCAUUCAAAACGGUUUGGAUGUCAUCUGGAAAGGGCUUCAUGUAUGACCCUUGGAUGUUUAGAUCUUUUGCGACAGGUUCUCAAUGUCUUCUUAAUCCUUUUGUCUUAUUUUAUAUUUUACAAACUUAAUUUCUUCUUUAGUAUAUCGGCCUGAAAUUGACCCGUACACUAUAUUAUAAUAUAUUUAAUCAUUUGUAUCUUUAUUGUAUAUAUUUGUGUUAUUCUGAAGUUAACUACAAUAUUAUUAUUAUUACAAACAGUGUUACUAACUAUAGAAACAUAUUUUUAAUGUAAAUAACACUUCACACUAUACGAAAGAGUGAUUUUUCGAGUAACUUCUUAUAAUUGGAAAUCGUGACAGUGUGCUUGCGCAUUAUGAAAAAAUCCCACAUAUUUUUC